GACUGCGCAGACUUCGUGAGCACACAUCAGCAUCGAGGUAACUCCAACAUUCCACUGAGCAACAAGAACCAUGUCAGAUCUCUGUGUUGGAAUCAACGGCUUUGGGCGCAUCGGCCGCCUAGUUUUGAGGGCUUGCCUCCAGAAAGGCAUCAAAGUUGUAGCCAUCAAUGACCCAUUCAUUGACCUGAAGUACAUGGUCUACAUGUUCAAGUAUGACUCCACUCAUGGCCGUUAUCGAGGUGAGGUCUCCCAUGAUGGCAGCAAGCUCAUUGUGGAUGGCCAAGGCAUCUCUGUUUUCCAGUGCAUGAAGCCUGCUGAGAUCCCCUGGGGCAGUGCUGGAGCCAAAUAUGUUGUUGAGUCUACUGGAGUCUUCCUCAGUGUGGAAAAGGCCUCAUCUCACAUCCAGGGUGGUGCACAGCGUGUGGUUGUGUCUGCCCCCUCACCUGAUGCCCCAAUGUUUGUAAUGGGAGUCAACGAGGACAAAUACGACCCCUCCUCCAUGACCAUUGUCAGUAAUGCCUCAUGUACCACUAACUGCCUGGCCCCCCUGGCCAAAGUCAUCCAUGAUAACUUUGGAAUUGAGGAGGCUCUCAUGACUACAGUUCACGCCUACACAGCCACCCAGAAAACAGUGGAUGGUCCCAGCGCCAAGGCCUGGCGUGAUGGUCGUGGUGCUCACCAGAACAUUAUUCCAGCUUCUACUGGUGCUGCCAAGGCAGUGGGCAAAGUCAUUCCUGAGCUAAAUGGUAAGCUGACAGGAAUGGCGUUCAGGGUGCCAGUGGCAGAUGUGUCGGUGGUGGACCUGACAUGCCGUCUAACCAAACCUGCAUCUUACGCUGAGAUUAAGGAGGCCGUCAAGAAGGCUGCCCAUGGACCAAUGAAGGGAGUGCUGGGUUACACUGAAGACCAGGUGGUGUCGUCUGACUUCAUUGGUGAUACUCACUCCUCCAUCUUCGAUGCUGGUGCUGGCAUCUCCCUCAAUGACAAUUUUGUCAAGCUCAUUUCCUGGUAUGAUAACGAGUAUGGCUACAGCACUCGUGUUGCCGACCUGCUGCUCUACAUGCACUCCAAGGAGUAAAUACUUCCUGCCCAGAAAAGAAGUUAGGAAAGGGACCACCCCUCCCAUCGUUUCCACUAAAGCCCCACCCAUAGCCGAGUCAUAGCAUUUCGACCCUUAGCUCAACUACAGUAAAUGUAGUCAGCAGCAACAGUGUGUUUGAUUGUCCUUAAUUAUCUGUCUUUUGCUUUAUUGACGAGGCGACCGGUCGGUGAAAAGAUUGUGUACCUCCUUCAACUCCCACUGCUAAUUUAGAUGUUGUUCUGGCUGAGUACUUGUAACUACUGUAUUCAUUUCACUGUUUGUGUGUUUUAAAAGCUUAGCCACCAGUGGAAGGAGGAAAUUGUGAGGCAGAUCUACUGUAACUUUGCUUAAGAAUAAAGAGAUAACUAAAAUAAAACUUGAAAAACUCAAA